CUGGGUACCUUUCUGGUUAUAUGUGAAAUGACAAGGGUGCUUAACGUCAUUAAACCAAGAUAGCUCCUCCAUCUAUAAAUACCACACAAAACCCUAGCUGAUUCUUCAGUCGCAGCCAAAAAUGUCGAAGCGAGGGCGUGGAGGAUCGGCGGGGAACAAGUUCCGGAUGUCGCUCGGUCUGCCGGUGGCCGCCACCGUCAACUGCGCCGACAACACCGGUGCGAAGAACCUGUACAUCAUUUCGGUGAAGGGGAUCAAGGGGAGGCUCAACCGGUUGCCCUCGGCCUGCGUGGGGGACAUGGUGAUGGCGACGGUGAAGAAAGGGAAGCCGGAUCUGAGGAAGAAGGUGAUGCCGGCCGUUAUCGUCAGGCAGCGGAAGCCGUGGCGCCGAAAGGACGGCGUUUUCAUGUACUUCGAAGAUAAUGCUGGAGUCAUUGUUAAUCCCAAGGGUGAAAUGAAAGGGUCUGCUAUUACUGGUCCAAUCGGGAAAGAGUGUGCUGAUCUGUGGCCGAGGAUUGCCAGUGCAGCCAAUGCGAUUGUCUGAGUUUUUGCUUGGUUUAGAAGUCCAACUGAUUCAGGGUCAACACUUAUUUCUCAGAAUAGCUGUGUGUGGGUUUAGAUGGACUUGUAGAAAUACUUUGUUGAAAGGUGCUUGUAUUGGUGCUGUCAAUGGCCUUAUUUGCUCUCAGAUCAAAAAGGUUUUUCAGUUUUGGCACUGACUGUUAGUUUUGCUAGCAUGUCGUUUUGGCUUCCAAGUAUGGUUUAGAUUUUGCUUUCAUCGAAAGUUGCUCCGCAUGUUGUGAUGACCUUGGUAACCAGGGACUUGUUUUCAACUUUACUAGUUCAUCCUUCCUUUCUUGGUAA